UGAGGUGUUGGGGGCCUCGUAUGGGGUGUCAAUCCUUUUGUAUACAAACUUGAGGUGAUCUUUUUGUUUGCUUCGAUUGCAUUAUUCCGCUGAUACGGGUUCUAAUUCGGGUUGAAGCCACUAAGAUAUGCAGAAUUAAGAGCCUGACACAUACGGGAAUGGCGCUUCCACCGGUUCUUUCUUUGGCUCUCCCAUCACAAACUGGCCGCGUGCUUAGCAUUCAGUCUCACACGGUUCAGGGGUACGUGGGAAACAAGUCAGCAGUGUUUCCUCUGCAAUUGCUGGGCUAUGAUGUGGACCCCAUCAAUUCCGUGCAAUUUUCAAACCACACAGGGUACCCAACUUUUAAGGGUCAGGUUUUGAAUGGAGAACAACUAUGGGACUUAAUUGAAGGUCUUGAAGCGAAUAAGUUGUUAUACUACACUCAUUUAUUAACAGGUUAUAUCGGUUCUAUUUCCUUUUUGGAAAAGGUUCUGCAAGUUGUUGAUAAGCUGCGUACAAUUAACCCUGACCUCACAUAUGUAUGUGACCCUGUGAUGGGUGAUGAUGCGAAGCUAUAUAUUCCACUGGAACUGGUGUCCGUGUAUCGCGAGAAGGUUGUCCCUGUUGCUUCAAUGCUGACUCCCAAUCAGUUUGAAGCUGAGCUGUUGACUGGGUUGAGUAUCACAUCUGAACAAGAUGGGCAGGAAGCUUGUAACAUUCUUCAUGCUGCUGGACCAUCAAAGGUUGUAAUCACUAGCAUAAACAUAGAUGGGAACCUUCUUCUCAUUGGCAGUCACCGGAAAGAAAAGGGUCAACCUCCUAAACAAUUCAAGAUUGUGAUACCCAAAAUUCCUGCAUAUUUCACUGGAACAGGAGACCUUACAACGUCAUUGUUACUUGGAUGGAGCAAUAGAUACCCUGAUGACCUUGACAAGGCAGCAGAACUAGCAGUAUCAAGCUUGCAGGCACUUCUUGCUAGGACAUUGGCAGACUAUCAAAGGGCGGGGUAUGACUGCAAAUCGAGCAGUUUGGAAAUUAGAUUGGUACAGAGUCAAGAUGACAUUCGCAACCCCGAAGUCAAAUACAAGGCCAAGCGAUAUGAUUGACUAAUUCCUCUGCCUCUGCUUCCUGUUGUUGCUUUACUGUUGUUUUCUUUACCGAGCAGUUUGGAAAUUAGAUUGGUACAGAGUCAAGAUGACAUUCGCAACCCCAAAGGCAAAUACAAGGCCAAGUGAUAUGAUUGACUUAUUUCUCUGCCUCUGCUUCCUAUUGUUACUCUACUGUUAUUUUCCUUACCGUGACCCAAUUUUUUACUUGCACAAUAUAGCGAAAUGGUGUCAGUUCCUUUUCUGUGCUCAUUAUGGUCUGAAUCACAGAAGUUCAAAAGUCUCCAAAGAGAAGCAAGAUGACUCUAUUGGCAGUACGCAUGAAGCUUCUUUGGCUACAGCCUACAGGCCACAGGGGAACCCAUCUCUAGGACUCUAGCCACAUAAACAGUACUCGAUGAGAACCAGAGACUGGUCUCUGACUGACAAUGGGGCCGUUUGUUUCUUGGCGGUUUCAGCCAAAACGCUGCAAAAAGCAGCGGUUUCUCUUUGUAAAUAAAUGGCGGUUUGGCCUAAGCCGCUGAUAUCCAAACGGGGCCAAUGAGUCAAUUAUUUAACUAUAUUAUCAAUUUACUAUUUGUACUAUUUUCUUGAUUCGGUAGUUCUCUCAAGUAACUACAGGCUGUUCAUUAGCCAAUAAAUGCUCCAUAUGAGACUUUAGGUUGUUUGUAGUUGAGGAUUAGUUGGGUCUGUUCUUGAUUGGUUUCAAAUUUGCACACAUUUUAGUGGUUGAUUAUUUGUGCUUCUAAUC